AUGGCAUUGGCUGCAAUUCCCCUUGUUCAUAGGCAUUCCAUCUUUCCACUGCCAGCAAAAGAUUUCCUGACUCACCCUCUCUUCCUUGGCGCUACCUACAGAGGUGGCAGCCAUCUCCUAGUCGGCAUCACGGCCACCCUCAGACCCCUCGUGAAGCCCAGGAUCGUCAAAAAGAGGACCAAGAAGUUCAUCCGGCACCAGGCAGACCGAUUUGUCAAAAUUAAGUGGAACUGGCUGAAACCCAGAGGCACUGACAACACGGUGCGCAAGAGGUUCAAGGGCCAGAUCCUGAUGCCCAGCACUGGCUACGGGAGCAACAAGAAAACAAAGCAUACGCUGCCCAGCGGCUUCCGCAAGUUCCUGCUCCACGACGUCGAGGAGCUCGAAGUGCUGCUGAUGUGCAGCAGAUGUUACUGUGCUGAGAUUGCUCACAACGUCUCCUCCAAGAACCGCAAAGCCACUGUGGAGAGAGCAGCCCAGCUGGCCAUCAGAGUCACCAAUCCCAACGCCAGGCUGCGCAGCGAAGAAAACGAAUAG